AUGACUGGAAAGGAAGAGCCCAAGGAGGUGCGCAAGUACCUGCAGCAAAGCCAUGACCGCAUCUUUGAGAACAACAAGAAAUGGGCCGAUGAGAUGAGGAAGAAGAACCCGGGUUUCUUCAAGGAUCUGAGUGCUGGACAGGCCCCAGAGUAUCUGUGGAUUGACCAACCUGCUAACCCAGUACCUGCAGGCUGCUCUGACUCCCGUAUCCCCGCCGAAGCCAUCACCGGUCUCGAUCCAGGCGAGAUGUUCAUCCACCGCAACAUCGCCAACCUCGUCAACAACAUCGACCUGAACGUCAUGUCCGUCGUAAACUACGCCGUCCGCCACCUUAAAGUCAAGCAUAUCGUCGUCUGCGGUCACUACGGCUGUGGUGGUGUCAAAGCCGCCAUGACACCAAAAGACAUGGGUCUCCUGAACCCCUGGCUCCGAAACAUUCGCGACGUCUACAGAUUGCACCAAGAGGAGCUGGACGCCAUUGUAGCCAAUGGCGGCACUGAAGAGGAGAAAUACGAUAAGCUUGUUGAGCUCAAUGUGUACGAGCAGUGCCGAAAUGUUAUCAAGACCGCGGCUGUGCAGCAGUGCUGGGCGGAGAAUGAGUUCCCCGUUGUGCACGGUUGGGUGUUUGGGUUUGGGGAUGGGUUGUUGAAGGAUCUCAAGUUUGACCAUGAGGGGCAGCUUAAGGAGAUUCAGAAGAUUUAUGAUUUGACAAAGGAUAUGUAG